AAAAAAGGACAAAAUGAUUUUAUAGCCACUAUAUAAUGCAACGUUUCAAUGAUAUUUAAGCCAUACUACAAUCUUAUUCUUUCUCUAGCUAAGAUGAAGUUUAUUAUGUUAGUGUUCGUGGUUUUUGUUUUAUUGACCUAUUCAACAUUCAUAAAUAAAGCUAACCAUACUGAAGAAGAGAAUGAUGAAGACGUAGAUCAAUCAAAAAACGAGGAAGAAGAUAAGGAUGAAAAAGUAAAUGAACAUGAGGAUGAAAAUGAAGAGAAAAACCGGAAUGAAAUUAAAGCCAAAGAAAAGGGUGACGAAAAAUAUGAAUUUGUAUGGAAAAAGGAUAAAGUAAAAAGAAAAAAUAGAAAGAAGGAUAAAAAUAAAAUGAAAAGUGAUGAUGAAGAUGAAAAUGUCGACUCAGAACGUGGAAUGAAAGUAAUAUAUAAGGUUCUAAAGAAAUCUUUUAAAACUGGACGUAUGAAAAUGUGCAAAACAAUCGAUACUUAUUUCAGAAAGGAUGAUUUAGACAAGAAAAUACUUGAAAUUGCUAAAAUCCUUAGCAGGCGUAUAGAAAAACGAAUGGAAUAUCUAACACAGAAAUUGGAUGAUAUGCUAGCAUAUGAAACAUCAUAGGAACAUAAGUGUAAUCUCCAAUGUCUUAUUAACUGAAUAUAUAUAUAUCUUUAUAUUCGAAAAGCUGAAAGCAUUACAGAAUACAUAAAUGUUUACUGAUCUUAUAAAUAUGUCGUUAUGACUACUAAUAAUCAUUGAACUUUACGAACUGAUUGGUAGAUAUUCUUAUUAAUGACAUGGAUUUGGAACCAUGCAAAUCUAUUGUUGUUAUUGAUGUAAUUUCAUUAAAGAUUAUUUUCAUAUUAUUUUAUCUCAA